AUGAGUCGACCUAAAAAAAGGAAGCUUGGCGUAAGUUUCAUUCCAUGCGAGAACCAAACAUUUUCGGAUUGGCUUGUCGAGUUCAAAGUUGAUCAUCCCUACGCCCCGGAUUCUUUCGAAAAAGAACUUGAUUCCGAAAACAAUUGGACAUUUCGGUUGAGAUGCGUUGGACCUUGCCGGAAUAACAACGAUCCCUUUAGUGUCAAGGAGAGUGGAUGUCAGAACUCGAUCAAAAUAUCGAAUGUCAAAAGACACAUUAACGGAUGGCAUGCUCCACUCCCUGAUGAUGCAGGUUCGCGCAAAAAGAAAGUAGAACGGGAAGAAAAUGAACGAUACCAAGCUGCCGCUUAUUUCAAACCGCGUCGAAAAGUUUUGAAGCCUGCGGUAGACAAAUUCAAGAAUUCUGCCGUUUCCCUAUGCUCUGAACAACACGUGUCCUUUCGUUUUUUGGAGAGUGAUUCUUUCCACAAUCUUGUCCGAGACGCUUUCUCAGCCGGUGGUGGGCAUCCAGAAGAUGCAAAACAGCUCGAUCUCACCUAUGAUAACGUUAAAACGCUGCUGUUUAAGUCCCACGUUGAAAUGCUUGAUUUUCUCAGCAAAGUGCUCCCUAUUCUGAUCGAACGGGGAUGCGUUACGCUUGAAUGUGAUACCAAAUAUACCGGCCGCACUUCCACUGGUGACUUAGAAUCUUCUGCCUUUGGUACAUUGCUCAUCUUCUAUGACGCGUCUAAAGACCAGCGAUUCAAGUAUCUUCUCCAGUAUACACCAAUAACUGAUAAGACCGACGUCGCAUGCGCUGCAGAAAUUGAAGAAACUCUUGCUGAAUAUGGAAUUAAAACGUAUCAGCGACUCAUUGGUGUGACUGUAGAUGGAGGGCAAAAAGGUGUGGCAGAAUAUGUGUCCCUAAAAGCAGCAAUUUGUGGGGCUCAUAGCGCUGUACGUUCUAUGGAUGGAAUGAUACAAAAUGCCGUCCUGUACGCUAGGCUAGAUUCUGAUCUCUCCACCAACGUGGACAAGUUUAUUUCUCAUUGCCGCAACGGACUAACGUACCAAGAAAAGAAGAAGCUGAAGCUCGGCCCACAGGAUUGCCCCUCGAUCAACAAUUAUUUUGCAAAAGAGUCUCUUUCAGAUGAAGAGAAGAUCGAGUUGUUCAAACGUAAAACGAACACUACGGACAUGACAGAAGAAGAAAUCAAGAAAAAGUCAUCUUUACUGAAGGGCUAUCCACAAAUACGACGCGACAACGGAAUUCGCUGGAAUAAGAAGCAAGAAAAUUUGCAGACUCUUGUAUCGUGGGGGCCAAAACUACAGGACCUUUCGUCGUCGACCAACGAUCACGCCUACUUGAUUCCACGACGAGUUGCAUUUCCAGAUCUCGACUUUGUCACCAGCUUAUCGAUAAUAACAACAGACCUUAUGGAGUUUGUGAGAACUCUCGAAGAUCCUGCUUCGAAGGUCUGCGAUCAACUAUUGAUUUUUGAAGAGAUGCUCAUCUACUCAACCAUGGAAGAGCAUCAAUUGCUCAAAUCGAUUAGGCAAAAACAAUUUCACUCGAAACUACGCUCUGGACUCUUCAUCAAGCUUAUGAAGAUGGUUUUCGGUGCAUUUUACGAGCAGAUCGACAAGUUGGUCGAUGGUAAAGAGCCGCUGAGGGCCACAGAUUUAAAUUUGGCAUGUCUCUACCUCACUCCAAGCAAAUACACAUGCUCGUUUCGUCAUCUCCAGAAUGCGCUCCUUCAGGCCGACGAACAAGUCUACGGAAGAAAUAUCAAAUUAAUCGAAGAUAAGACAUCUUCUUUUAUGAAAAAAGCCAAAGAUUUCAUCUGGUAUAUUGACAAAGAACUAGAAAAAUAUACUCAAACCGAUAAAAACAAGGCAGAAUCAACCCGAAAACAACCCCCGCAGCUGAACCCAAAUAAUGAUUUUAAAAUCAUUACAAAUUCAACAUCAAAGUUAAAAGUUGAUGAUUCUCUUGAGGCAGAAUUUUCAAGAUACGAAGGUCAAAUCGCCGUAGAAGAAUGGGAAGAAAUCACCGAUCGUAUCGAAGAAAAAUCGCCACAUUUUAUUCACAAAAAAUUGACGGCGUUCUGGAAAUCGAUGAGCAUCCGAUUUCCUCGUCUUUCGAAAGUCGCCCUCCAGAUUAUAAAUGUACCUGGCUCAUCAUGCGAUCUUGAAAGAGAGUUCUCUGAAACAACGCGUGAUACGAUGGAUCCAUGUCGAAAUCGAAUGAAAAACGAGACGAUUCUGCUCUUACGUCAGUUCAAGGAUGCAAAAAUAUUCAAAACUGCCAUUCUUCAGUACUGCCAGAAAAAUAAUAUUAAACUAGAAGAAUAA